AUGUCUCAGACGAAAGUUGUUCAGGAGAUUCGAGGGAGUGCAGGGCAACUUCCUGUGGUGCUUCUGAGCACCAUGGGCCUGUUCUCACAGAUGUUUUCCGGCCAGGCAUCCGACGAAGGUUCCAUAUUCAGCAUAUCUUCUAUGUGCUUACUGCAGUACAUGGGCUUUGAUGGCUUCCUUUCGCAGGUCCACCUGCUCCACAGCCUGGUGCCUGCUGCGCUAGUUGCUGGGCUCGCUCUGUGCCUUGCGCCAGAGAAGCGCGGGGUGGCGCUGGUUGUUGGGUUGAACUGUUUCUGGCCAGAGAUCUUCAGCUACUUCGGCAAGCACCUCUAUUGCUAUCAGUAUGCGCCAGAGGUGAUCAAACAAAAUGCAUAUGAAUGUCCUUUUCUGCCAGACUUUGCUGGCCGUGUGAUUCUGCGGAUUGUCGCCUUGGUUUUGAUGGUGGCAAUAUCCGGCUUGUGGAUUUGGCUGUCGCUCCACAAGGGCAGAAACACUCCGCUGCAUGUGCUGUACUUGACCAAACCAUACAGAUCAGGCGUUGCACUUUGGGAAACAGAGCGCCUGUUCAGGAAGACAGCCCUUACAAUGGCGGUAUCAGCGCUUCCAAUCACUUCAUCUCCCGCACUUCAAGUUGUCUGCAUCGGGUCCAUUGUGAGCGUCUCCCUGCUCCUCUACGCUACGCUACUGCCAUACAAAGCCAUGCGUUGGAACCUCACAGAGUGCGUGCUUCUGUUUGCAGCUGCGCUGAUGACAACACUUGUCUCAGGUCUUACAGCAUAUGAUAGCUACUGGGGCCAUGUUGUGGAAAUCGAGUAUGCCAUGAUUGUGGCGACGCUCUUUUUGGCCGGCUGUGUUUUCACAGUCAUGCCGUACCUUAUCUACAGCAGGCUCAAGCUUGAGUGGAGUAAAGAGUGCAGCUUUCAACUCAAAGACGAAGUGGAGCGAACGCUCAGCGAAACCAACGAUACCCUGCUAUGGUCGAAGUUCAUUUGA